AUGACCUCUAAAACAAUUGCUGUUGUUGGUGCUACGGGACAGCAGGGCGGCGCUGUAGCAAACCAUUUCCAUUCUCUAGGCUGGAAAGUUCGAGGUUUGACACGGAACCCCAAGUCCGACAAGUCGUCCGCCCUUGCCGCACGUCUCCCGGGCAUAGAGCUUGUUCAAGCCGACCUCGAUGACAAGGCCAGCUUGAAAACAGCGUUCCGUGGCGCGCAUGCAAUCUUCACGGUAACUGACUUCUUUGAGCCGUUCCUCGCCAAUGUCGCGGAGUUGUCAGCAAAAGGAGACCGAGCUGCCGGGGAGUUCGCUGCGGCCAUUGAGGUGCGCCGGGGUAAGAACAUGGCAGAUGCCGCCGGGGAGCUGCUGGCGGAGGACAGUGUUCUUGAACGAUAUAUCUGGUCUACAUUGCCUCCGGUCUCGAAGAUUAGCGGUGGAAAAUACACCUACGCAUUUAACUACGACUCGAAAGCAGAGAUCCAAGACUACAUCGUGUCCGACUUGCCUCAACUCGCUGUCAAGGCGAGUUUUCUCACCGUUGCGAUUUACACUAAUAUGCCGAUUGCCAUACUCAUGAUGGGCGGCGCUCAAUUUGACGCCGAAGGCAAGCUUAUCAACGCCGCGCCGGUCUCCGCAGAUGCGCCGCAGUACUUUGCUGAUGUCAGCGAGAUUGGAAAGUUCGUCGAGGCGCUGGUGAAGGCGCCUGCGGGCAAGAACAUGCUGGGUUACAACGGGCGCAAGUCGUUCGCGGAGGUUGCUGGCAUCGUGUCGGGCAUCACGGGCGUCCCGGGCACAGUCAUCCCGAUGACAGUGGAGCAGAUGGCCGCGUCGAUCCCCGGCGUUGGCAAGAUAUUCGGCACCGUUGCAUUUUGGGUGGACUUUGGUACAGAAACUGGUAGCAAACUGCUUACUCCGCAAGAGGUUGAUCCGAGCAUCAAAUUGAGUACUAUUGAGGAGGCCUUGGGAAAAGAGGACUGGGCUCAGGUGGCGGCGGUGAUCAAGCAAAGCCAAGAGUCCAAGUGA